CACCCUGCUUUUUGAACGAUUCGAAUUAGACUUGUGAUAAUAGUAACCUGAUAAGUUCUUAGUGGAGCUGCGUUCGUACACUGAGCUAGCAUACUGCACUUAACAUACGGGAUACUAUAACGCUGUAUCGGAUUACCGUUCACUACUUAAUGCUGUGUGAUUUCCUGCUGAGUGUUGCCCUGACGACCCGUGUCAUCUCGGUCGUACGUUAUGGAGGUGGAGAGGAGGGCGCUGCCGGCCGCGCCGUUUGACCACGAUCCGUCUCCACUCUUAGUUAUCCACGAGGCUGACGGCUCUGUGGGGGAGCCGGGGGGGGCCAGAUCUGCGCCGCGGCCAAGAGUCGGCAGCUCCUCCUCCUCUGGCAGUUGUUCGUCUGACGCUUCGAGCGACGGUUCUUCCGCCUCCGCCACGGCUUCCCCUUCCUCUUGCUCUUCAGCCACAGCUUCGGAUGAUUAUGACUCCGAGGACGAAGCCGAGGACGAGGAGGAGGGCAAGGAGGAGGACGCCGGUCCCAGGAACAACGAGGAGGACGAGCGCGGGGCAUGCGACGAUGCAGUCUGCUCCAGCUCGACAGCCUGGGUAUGGGUGCCAGGGGGCAAGGGGAGGGGCCGUAUGCCCAACGCGGGGUUGGGCAAAGACUUGACGGAUGCGUCAGUGUGUGAGGUAAUACGUCUGAACAGUUCGGGGAAGAAUUCGGGUUACUCGAAUUUCGAUUUUGCUUUCCUGGUGCGGAGUAAUGACGAGUAUUCUCAUCUUCUUAAAGGAUUACUGGAUAUCCAGAAUAAGAUGAAGGAGCUCACGCCCCAGCACAUCCGACAGCACUUCGACGUCGCCUUCAAACAGGUCGAACUCCUCCAGCAAUUUCAACACGAACUAAAUGAGGCAGUAAGAGCCACUCAAGGACACCUAGACGCCCUUGCAGAGGUCUUUCAGAACGACCAAUUUUCCUCUUAUAAGACGUACAUCCUUAUGAUGCCAAGAGUUCAAAAGAAACUUAACCAUUACUGCUCCUACUUUCAAGAACAUUUUCCCAAUUUAAAGAAGAACCUCAUGACUCCUUCGCUUCGAGUUAAUUUCUAUGCUCUAGUCCUGAAGUCUCUGAAAUCUCGCGGCAGCAAGAGCGAGCGGGAGAGCCUCCAGAGAGCCAUAGAUUACUUAAAUCUCGUCAACCGGAAAGCCAAUACGGAAAUGACUGUGGCCAGCGUCAUGGAAUGCCCGGUGGACCUCAGGCUCUCGGGUGACCUUCUGCUCGUUGACGAAUUCCAUUACGUUGCUGGACCCCUUACCAAGAAGAAGUAUACGCUGGUCUUAUUUGAACACAUCCUACUCUUCACUUCGUCCAGCAUCACUUGCUUUAGGCUCAUGACUUACUUCAGACCAGGUCAAAUCGAGUCCAUAGAGAGUGGGCCCGAGAAUGCGCUGCACCUGUACGUGAAACCGGCCUUCAAACAGCAGUUCAUCCGACAUAUAUUUAGGCCUCGGAACGCGUCUGCUCGAAGCGUAUGGGAAGAGAAACUCCAAACGUUAGUGCCAUCCUACAGAGCCAGCUCGAAAAAGAGUGUGAGUGUGGCCCCACGAACCGCCGACCUUCUUCCUCUGAGUCUCACGUCGGAGUAUCCCCAACUCCAGGCUGCUCUGGCCAUGGCCCCCAUGACCACUCAGUCAGACCCCCCUGGACCUUCGGAGACUUUCAACGAGGAGUCUCUACAAAAUCUUGUGGUUCGCGAGGAAAAUUACAUAAGACAGUUGUCUCAGAUUACACAAGAAAACCGCGAGCUUCCGAGGUCCGUUUUGAGUAUCAUAACACAAGUCUUGAGUGUGCAUAACAGAAAUAUCCUACCCAAACUAAGAAAGGCAUGCCAACAAGGUCUGACAAAAGUACUACUUUGCUUCGAAGAUGUCAUGGACGACCUCGGAAUAUACAGCGAAUAUCUCGCCGCCAGUGUCCAGGUGAGCCACUUGCCUGAUUCCGCCGAGCAGCCGGACCCCGUCACGGCGCCCAUCCACCACUUCGUCUUCUACCUCUCCUGGUUAUCAGAGCAAGGGCACCAGGCGGAGCCCAUCGUGGCCAGGCUGCACGCUGUGGUCGCCAACGCCAGGGCUCGCAUCCUCACCGAGGCCAUCGUCAACAGCCGAGUCGACUUCUUCAGGAGCGGGAAAGUCCUCCGCUGCGACACGCUGCGAGUGACGACGCCACACAAGGGCAUAAAGAGUGGAGUCUACAGGGCACUCUUGUUCAAGAAACUCAUCAUCCUGACGAGGGUGAGAGCGCCGUUCUACGAAUACGUGUGCGACAUCAGAUUAGACGAAGUUAACCUAGGUCCCCUGAAGGGCUCUUAUCCGACGGACUUCAGACUAGAAGUCAGAAGGGGUGGAGGGAGAGGUCCCCAGGUCUUUGAGUUUCGCGCGCGCACCCAGGAGGCGAGAGACGCCUGGCUCGCGCACCUCAGGAGGGAGUUCCAUGGGCAGGCAGAGGCGAUAAAAAGGCAGUCCUCUUUCUCUCACUUGUGAGCUCUCCAGCAAUUAGUUUGAAAGGGGACUGAAAGCACACCGUCCACGCGUAUGCGCAUGUUCAUUUGAAUAAGUAGACAUACAUACAUUCAUCUAUACUUGUAUCAAAACUGUCGUCAUAAAACUUGUGUGAUGUG